AUGAGCUUGAAAGAAGUAUUCGAACAACAUCCAUGGAGGUCAUUUAAGAAGUUCAAUGAAGCUGCAAAGAGUUCGGGAUUUACUAACAGAGCUGAAGUGAAAAGGUUCUUUGACAAAAAUGUUGUACAUCAAACAAAAAUAAAUCCUUACGACUACUUUUUACCAAUUUACUCCAACACUCCUGACGCAUACCAAUUUGACACUCUCAUUCAAAGCAGAAAAGGAGGACAUAAACCAUUCCUCAUCUUCAUAAAUGUUAACACUCGUAAAGCAUAUGCGUAUAUAAUGAGAAAUAAAGGAACUCAUGAAGUGUUAAGAGUUUUACAAAAGUUUGUAGCAGAACAUAGCCCAAGUAUUUUAACAUCAGACCAAGACGGUGCAUACCUCAGCAACGAAAUCACAGAAUUUCUCAUUAAGCAUAACAUAACUCACUACACUACUGAAGACCAUAACCAUAACAUACUCGGUAUCAUUAACCGCUUCAUAAGGACUCUCAGAGAUUUAAAUCAAGAGCGAGACUUUA